AGUGUUCGCCCAUUAACGCCGUGAUCCGUCGGCAUCACUAACAGAUAUGGAGCUGAGACUUUCAUUGUGUGAAUUGUUAAUACUCGUCACCAUAGCAUGUUUCGCCAAGGGAGACGAUGUGCUGGUGACUGUCAAGCAAGGAGUGUUAAGGGGAACCACAGCCACGAGCGUCUACAACGUGUCUUACACGUCCUUUGUGGGCAUCCCGUAUGCUACUCCGCCAUUAGGGAAACUCCGGUUCCAGGCUCCGCAACCGGCAGAAAAUUGGGAAGGAAUACUCAACGCCACCGAGUACGGCAGUGACUGUGUCCAACAACGCGGCGGGGGCUCCGAGGACUGCCUCUACCUGAACGUGUACGUGCCGGGGGUGCCGCAGGAGGGCGCCGGGCUGCCCGUCAUGUUCUGGGUGUACGGUGGAGGGUACAGAAGCGGCAGUGGUUCUGGAGACCAGUUCAGCCCAGACUUUCUCGUCUCCUACGGCGUUAUAUUCGUCGCUUUUAACUACCGCCUGGGACCCCUUGGUUUUCUGAGCACGGGAGACGGCGUCGCGCCUGGCAACGCGGGACUCAAGGACCAGCAGCUGGCGCUGACCUGGGUGCAGAACAACAUCGCCAGCUUCGGCGGCGACCCGCAGCGAGUCACAUUAUUCGGACAAAGCGCCGGUUCGAUGUCUACCUCGGUGCAUUUCGUCUCACCGCUCUCCUCAGGUCUGUUUUCGCAAGUCCUCCUUCAGAGUGGGACCGUUAUCACCGAACAUCCUCUGACAAUCGCAGAAGCCCGGAACCAUUCCUUUGGACUGGGUGCCGCCCUCGGCUACGAAACGGAUGAUUCGCAACAGCUGAUCGACUUCCUACAAUCUGUGAGCGCUGAAGACCUCGUGCUGGUAGAUGACUCACUCAUCAUGCCACAGAAGCCAAUAAUAGGCCUCUUGUGGGGUCCAAACAUCGAGCCAGACGUGGAGGGUGCUAUCCUGUCUGAAUCCUAUAUUCAGAGACUUAUCGACGGCCGUUUCAACAAGGUGCCUGUCAUGGCGGGCACUGUUUCUGAAGAAUCCGGAGAUGAAAUUAUUCGGAAUACGGAAGCGAUCGCCAGUAUGAACGAAGACUUUGUGGCGGCGAUAGGCCCCUUACUCCAUCUGCCUACCGUGGAACAGCAAACAGAGGCCGCCCUAAAAUUGAGAGACUUCUACUUCGGCAACGGCACCAUUUCAGCAGAAAAUCCAGACCCUCUGGUUUACUUCUUCGACGACCUCAAAUGGUUCGACCCUAAUGACGGCUUCAUUAGAACCGUUGCCGAGCUCUCCAACCAAACUGUCUAUUUCUAUGUAUUCGACUACAGAGGAGACAUCAUUCGCACAAAUCCAUGGGGAGUUUCACAUGCGGGAGAGUUACCAUUGCUUUUCUACGGAAAAAAUCAAGAGUAUAACUUCGAUCCUGAAUCAAUAGAAGACAAAGUGCGCAGAAAUAUGCUGCGGCUCUGGACAAAUUUCGCAAAAUAUGGGAACCCAACGCCUGAGGCUGAUCCCGUGAUUUGGGAACCAUACGACCAGAGCAGCCGCAGCUACCUGCUGAUGCAGGCCAACUUUACACUCGCCCACGACAGGAUUGGUGAGCGCAUGUCAUUCUGGAGAGAGAACGUGCCACUGCUGCCAUUUCCCGACACCCAGUGAUACCCCAUAAGAGAUUUGCACAGACAAAGGAGGAAAGGAAAAACAUCGGACUACAGCUGAGUGCUGAGUGUCAGCAAAGAAAUCACCCAAGAAUUUGAGCCAGAUACCUCUUAUGCACAUCUGCUGAACCACUGUUAAACCCAUCACGUAAAAUUGAUCGCCAAUGCGGUUUCAGGCGUCAAUUCAUAUAAUUGAGACACAUUCACCACAUAAAUAUCAAGAAAUUUCUGUGGGCAUUGGCAGAGCAGCGGAUAAUUACAAACUGCAAUAAUGCGUGGCAUACAUUAAAGUAUAUUGCACAAAGGAUUUGUUUCAGUAAUCCUUUCUUUCAGUACAGAGGAUUUUGAAUACAAAUAUUAUGCGCUAACUCACUGUGUUACUUAUUAUUUACUCAUACACGAUAAUCCUGAGAAAGAGCGAUUUCUUGACAGAUGUGAAAGCCGAUGAAGUAAUUUAAAAUGCUACCAAUGUAGUAACUUUGGAAGUGACACGCAUUGUCUCUGCCCCUGCUGGCGAUGGACCACCCCUCAGCACUCCUCACUGGAAUUCUUAGCGUCUUGAAGCUGCUCAUCAGAGUCACUUUUCAAAACUAGCAUAUAGUCAAAUUAUACUGCAAAAUGUAGUACCAAAAACAUUUAAUUUCUUCUUGGCAUCAGUAGCUACUAAUGUCAAUUACCAUUGGCACUUGUAGAUCGUGAACGUCCGAUAUGGUGAAUAUAAAUAUAUAAAUGGUGGAGAAAAAGUGUGUUAAAUUUAUUUUAUAAUUCCAUUGUGGAGUACAAAGCAGAAUAAAACUCUCAUAUCAAUCA